AAAAAAAAAAAAACUGGUAGCAGUCCAAGAUUUGAGCUGGUAAUCCGGUUAUUUCCGGUUUAAUCUGUAUGUCACUGAACCGGAAGAGGCCCAACAAGGCAGCAACACAACAAUCUUGUCUCUCUGCCUCUCGAUCCUAAUCCAAACCAAACAAAACUAAAAAAAAAAAGAACAAAGACAAAACAAAUGGAGGAGACGACAUGGGAACAGAGACUACAAGCUUUAACUCACAUCCUCACAACCCCAACAACUAAACCAUCUCUCCACUCCCAAUUCUUCAUCGGAACACUAAUCCCAUGUUACCUCUCGUGGGAUUACCCUCCAAUCCUCUGUCACUCUCCUCGUACACGUCUCCGUGAAUGGUGGGUUUCUCAAUUCCUCAAAAGGGUAUCGAGAUUCGGGCUUCCUGAUACCUCGUGGAGGUCGAAUUGCCCGUAUUACCAGCCGUCGCCGGCGGUUAUGGCCGCCGGAGUGGAGGAAGGGAAGUGGGGAAGAGAGGAGAGGAGAGUGUAUGUGAGGAAGAGGCUGAGGAGGAAGAAGCUGGUGAGCGAAGUGAAUCCUUUUAUUCCUCUUUUGGUUCCGAAUCUGCUUCUCUUUACUCUCUUGCUGUGGGAUCCUAUUCCUGAGUAGUUUGAUUGGUUCUUCUCUGUGAAAAUCUGUAAAAGAACGGAUUUUUAAAGAAGAUAUGUGUGUUUUGUAUUUAAGAAGGAAAAUGGAUUCAGACAAGAACUCAAAAUAAUAAUCGUGUUGUCGUAUUUUGCAAACAAUAGUAGGAUGCCGUAUCGAACCGC